GUCCGCGGCUAUGAGGCAGUGCCCAAUCUCCACAUAGGAUUUAAUUGUCUUUAUCUGAGGGGCGGGCCUCGCUGUCAACUCCACUUCUUGUGAGCUGUGUUGGCAUAAAGGCAUUCAGUACAGAGGAAUGUAGACAGCUGAGAGAGAAGCACACUACACAUAGCCACACUAUGAAGGAAAUGUAAGUCCUUGGAAUUAUUCAAGUGGAUUUAGAAAAUAGCCUUAUCUUAAUAUUUAUGUCAAGUGAUUAUUAAGGUGUUUUGUUGGAUGCUUUUUGUUUCAACUGAAUAAGCAAUUUCAUAAUGGCACAGAAAGAGAAGCUACAAAGUCUGAAAGAUUUCCACAAGGACACACUGAAGCCUUCGCCAGGGAAGAGCCCAGGCACUCGACCGGAGGAUGAGGCAGAGGGCAAGCCCAUCCAGAGGGAGAAGUGGGCCAGCAAGUUAGACUUUAUCUUGUCCGUGGCCGGAGGCUUUGUCGGUUUAGGGAACGUGUGGCGCUUCCCGUACCUCUGCUAUAAGAAUGGCGGAGGUGCGUUUCUCAUCCCCUACACCAUCUUCCUGUUUGGUGGAGGCCUGCCGGUGUUCUUCCUGGAGGUGGCUCUGGGCCAGUAUACCUCUGAGGGAGGCAUCACCUGCUGGGAAAAACUCUGCCCCAUCUUCACCGGUAUUGGCUACGCCUCCAUUGUGAUCGUCUCUCUCCUGAACAUCUACUACAUAGUGAUUCUAGCCUGGGGACUCUACUACCUAUUCCAGUGCUUUCAGCCGGAGCUGCCAUGGGCCAAAUGCAAUCAGCCAUGGAACACAGCCCGGUGUGUGGAGGACACAUUCCGCAAGAACAAGACCCUGAUGCUUGCUGCCAACAUCACCAACUUCACCUCCCCUGUCACUGAGUUCUGGGAACGCAACGUGCUGAGCAUCUCUUCUGGGAUCGACGACAUCGGCCCCCUGAAGUGGGACCUAGCCCUAUGUCUCCUGGCAGUAUGGAUUGUCUGCUUUUUCUGCAUCUGGAAGGGAGUCAAGUCCACUGGGAAGGUGGUGUAUAUCACAGCAACUUUCCCUUUCAUCAUGCUUAUCGUGCUGCUGGUGCGUGGAGUGACUCUGCCAGGGGCAUCCGAAGGGAUAAAAUUCUAUCUCUACCCCAACAUGACCCGCCUACAGGACCCAGAGGUGUGGAUCGACGCGGGAACCCAGAUAUUCUUCUCUUACGCCAUCUGUCUGGGGGCUAUGACGUCACUGGGGAGCUACAACAAGUACAAAUACAACUGCUACAGGGACUGUUUGCUGCUGGGAGGCCUGAACAGCGGUACCAGUUUUGUGUCUGGCUUCGCAAUAUUUUCCGUCCUGGGCUUCAUGGCACAAGAGCAAGGGGUGGACAUUGCCGAUGUGGCAGAGUCAGGUCCUGGCCUGGCCUUCAUUGCUUACCCUAAGGCUGUGUCCAUGAUGCCCAUGCCCACGUUCUGGGCCAUCCUAUUCUUCAUCAUGCUUCUGCUACUAGGCCUCGACAGUCAGUUUGUGGAAGUGGAAGGACAGAUCACCUCCCUGGUGGAUCUGUACCCAUCCGUCCUAAGGAUUGGUUACCGCCGUGAGAUCUUUAUAGCUGUGAUGUGUUGCAUAAGCUAUCUUCUGGGACUCACCAUGGUAACAAAAGGUGGCAUGUAUGUGUUUCAGCUCUUUGAUUACUAUGCAGCCAGUGGUGUGUGCCUUUUGUGGGUUGCAUUCUUCGAAUGUAUUGCCGUAGCCUGGAUUUAUGGUGCUGAUAAUUUCUAUGAUGCAAUUGAAGACAUGAUUGGCUACCGACCUAACCCGUGGAUGAAAUGGAGCUGGACAUUUAUCACUCCCGUCCUCUGUGCGGGUUGCUUUAUCUUCUCUUUGGUGAAGUACAAGCCCCUGACCUAUAACAAGGUGUAUGAGUACCCAGACUGGUCUAUUGGCCUGGGCUGGUCUCUGGCCCUCGCCUCCAUGAUCUGCAUCCCCAUGGUAAUGGUCAUCAAGAUCCUCCAGUCCGACGGACCGCUUAUAGAGAGGAUUAAGGCAGUGGCGGCCCCAGUAAAGGGAGGUGCGAGUUCUCGCCCCAAAGAGUACAGUGUGAAGGGCAGCGAGCUUACCCAGCCUCUGAACCCCAAUGGGGACAACAUCCUGAUCAAGCCCACCCACACCAUUGUAGAAACAAUGAUGUGAGCACUCUCUGUGAGAGGAAAUACUGAUUGGCGUGCUGUCUACGUUAUUAUCAUUUAUUUGCUAACUUUGAUAGUGGUAGAACCAGGUUUACAUUGUUCUAUAUAUCCGCACUAGGAAUAUUCUGGUUUGGUUUCUAUGAUGAUGAUUAAGAGAGUUAUAUAUAUAUAUACAGUGCCUUGCGAAAGUAUUCGGCCCCCUUGAACUUUGCGACCUUUUGCCACAUUUCAUGCUUCAAACAUAAAGAUAUAAAACUGUAUAUUUUUGUGAAGAAUCAACAACAAGUGGGACACAAUCAUGAAGUGGAAUGACAUUUAUUGGAUGUUUCAAACUUUUUUAACAAAUCAAAAACUGAAAAAUUGGGCGUGCAAAAUUAUUCAGCCCCUUUACUUUCAGUGCAGCAAACUCUCUCCAGAAGUUCAGUGAGGAUCUCUGAAUGAUCCAAUGUUGACCUAAAUGACUAAUGAUGAUAAAUACAAUCCACCUGUGUGUAAUCAAGUCUCCGUAUAAAUGCACCUGCACUGUGAUAGUCUCAGAGGUCCGUUAAAAGCGCAGAGAGCAUCAUGAAGAGCAAGGAACACACCAGGCAGGUCCGAGAUACUGUUGUGAAGAAGUUUAAAGCCGGAUUUGGAUACAAAACGAUUUCCCAAGCUUUAAACAUCCCAAGGAGCACUGUGCAAACGAUAAUAUUGAAAUGGAAGGAGUAUCAGACCACUGCAAAUCUACCAAGAACUGGCCGUCCUUCUAAACUUUCAGCUCAUACAAGGAGAAGACUGAUCAGAGAUGCAGCCAAGAGGCCCAUGAUCACUCUGGAUGAACUGCAGAGAUCUACAGCUGAGGUGGGAGACUUUGUCCAUAGGACAACAAUCAGUCAUAUAUUGCACAAAUCUGGCCUUUAUAGAAGAGUGACAAGAAGAAAGCCAUUUCUUAAAGAUAUCCAUAAAAAGUGUCAUUUAAAGUUUGCCACAAGCCACGUGGGAGACACACCAAACAUGUGGAAGAAGGUGCUCUGGUCAGAUGAAACCAAAAUUGAACUUUUUGGCAACAAUGCAAAACGGUAUGUUUGGCGUAAAAGCAACACCCUGAACACACCAUCCCCACUGUCAAACAUGGUGGUGGCAGCAUCAUGGUUUGGGCCGGCAUUUCUUCAGCAGGGACAGGGAAGAUGGUUAAAAUUGAUGGGAAGAUGGAUGGAGCCAAAUACAGGACCAUUCUGGAAGAAAACCUGAUGGAGUCUGCAAAAGACCUGAGACUGGGACGGAGAUUUGUCUUCCAACAAGACAAUGAUCCAAAACAUAAAGCAAAAUCUACAAUGGAAUGGUUCAAAAAUAAACAUAUCCAGGUGUUAGAAUGGCCAAGUCAAAGUCCAGACCUGAAUCCAAUCGAGAAUCUGUGGAAAGAACUGAAAACUGCUGUUCAUAAAUGCUCUCCAUCCAACCUCACUGAGCUCGAGCUGUUUUGCAAGGAGGAAUGGGAAAAAAUGUCAGUCUCUCUGAUAGAGACAUAACCCAAGCGACUUACAGCUGUAAUCGCAGCAAAAGGUGGCGCUACAAAGUAUUAAGGGGGCUGAAUAAUUUUGCAAUUUUGAUUUGUUAAAAAAGUUUGAAAUAUCCAAUAAAUGUCGUUCCACUUCAUGAUUGUGUCCCACUUGUUGUUGAUUCUUCACAAAAAAAUACAGUUUUAUAUCUUUAUGUUUGAAGCCUGAAAUGUGGCAAAAGGUCGCAAAGUUCAAGGGGGCCGAAUACUUUCGCAAGGCACUGUAUAUACACACACACACACACACUGUAUAUUGCUGUUGGGUUGUUUUUUAUCUUGGUAAUUUUUUAUCAUAUUGUUGUUGUUAAAGUUUUUGUUGGCGAUGUCAGUUUGGGCAGUAUUUUGACCUAGAACAACAUGUUCUAUGUUAACUACCUUUCUGUUGAUUGUGGAACAUUUUCACUCAACAAAAAUACGGUAAACUGAAUGUGUAACUAAUCGUGUAACAUGUUAGGUAGCAAACUAAGAUAAUAUCCUUACGUUAUUGUGGCAGUAUCCUUGUCUGAGGUCAUUUGCAAUCUGCUGUCGUCGCCAUUUGUUGUGAGAUGCAACUGAAUGAACCUUCUUUGCGCAAGCGGCGGACGCCAGCCACUCACACCUGCUGGUAGAGUAGCCAUCUGUACCACCUAGGCUGAACAAGCGUUGGGCCAUUAACCAAAAGGUUGUUGGCUCGAAUCCCUGAGCUGACUAAGUGAAAAAUCUCCCGGCGUGCCCUUAAGCAAGGCACUUAACUCUAAUUGCUCCAGUAAGGUGCUCUGGAUAAGACCUAAAUGACUCAAAUAUAAAUGUAACAUGCUGUGUAGAUAUAGUAGUUCAUAGGUAAGUCCUUAUGGCCAAAUACUGUACAAAAUGUUCACGGAAGGAUAAGGUGUUCCUACGAGGGAGGUGAGGAAGUGAAGGAGAAAAGGGAAGAAGCAUUUUAAGAGUAUUUGUACAUUGCCUAAGACCGUCACAGUCAGUCCCGGUGCAUUUAUUGAAACCUCUUUUUGCACUUCAUACGUUGAGUUUCACCGUUAUUUUAGUGAUCUGUUACGAAAAUUGUCACAAGAACCUGCAGUUACAUUUGCAACAUUCAUUUCAAAAGAAACACGAUAUAGCUUCACACCUUUGUGAUGUUGUUCAUAUCUAUCCGUUCAAACAUGAGCAUUAUACUCUCACUCACUUGCUAUACAUAUAAAAUAUAAAAUAAAGGUGGAACAUUGCCAUGCAACAUUCUGUCUCUCUAUGCCUAAACCUGCGAUAGUUGUGAGAACCAUCAUUUAAUUGGAGCCAAAAAUGAUUUCAAGAAUGUUUUGAAAUAAUAGUUCUUUCUCCAGUGAUCUCAUUUUAAUAGCAGUAACGGUCAGUACAUACCUGUAUCAUACAUUUCCAUCAGACUCAAUUGUAUUUUAGUAUUUUACUUGUUUGUGAAUCACGUAUGCCUUUUUGUAUUAACCAUUUUAUACUGUACAGCAUAUGAACACUGUCACUGAUGACCUAUUUCUUCUGAAUACAGUCAACUAUUCACAUUUAAUGUUAUGACCCUGAAUAAAAUUUGUAGUGUACAAUAUUCAUCAAAUAAAAUGGCCUUUACCACUCAAAUUAUUUCAGUUUGAAAACAGAUGUAAAAAUACUAAACAAAUAUGACCAACAUACAUUUGAACGUCUAAAGUUAAAGUGAUAUUCCUUAACCCAAAGCACGUACAUGAACAUCCACAGUACAGUGCUUGGUCAACCAAAUUCCUUGUCCAGAAGGCAAUAAAAAAAUAUAUGUAAUACCUGUUGGAAAAUCAAGUGUAUUUUUGUCUAACAUCCUUUGAGAUGCACCUUGCACCAUCUCUUCCUGGAUUGAAAAUAAACAUAUUUUUUCUUUA